CUUUCGUUAUUCCGCACACAGUUUUAGGGCGCAUCAGUCGCCAUUGUCAUCUCUCUCUCUCUCUCUCUCUCUCUCUCUCUCUCUCAUCAUUUCCAACACUUUCUUUCUCUCUAGAAACCAACGUUGAUCCGACGGUCUUCGCCUCACCCGAACCGUGACUAUGGUCACUCCACAACCAUUAGAUCAAGAAGACGAGGAGAUGCUUGUGCCGCACACGGAGCUACUGGAAGGGCGUCGACCGGUGCAAGGUCCUGUGGCUUUCGAUGGUACUCCGCCAAUUGAAGUUCCUCAGCCAAUGGAAGUUGCGGGUCAAGAAGUUGCUAGCACAGGGGAGAAUCAAGCAGUCGAUGAACCUCAGACUUCUAGGUUUACAUGGACCAUUGAGAAUUUCUCUCGUCAAAGCAAUAAAAAGCUAUAUUCUGAUAUCUUUGUGGUUGGUGGUUUUAAAUGGCGUGUGCUUAUAUUUCCAAAGGGAAACAAUGUGGACCAUUUGUCCAUGUACUUAGAUGUAGCUGAUUCCUCAUCAUUGCCAUAUGGUUGGAGUAGAUAUGCACAAUUCAGUUUGUCUGUUGUUAAUCAAAUUCACAACAGGUUGACUGUAAAGAAAGACACACAACACCAGUUCCAUGCAAGGGAGAGUGAUUGGGGGUUCACAUCAUUCAUGGCUCUUAGUGAUUUAUAUGACCCUGGUAGAGGUUUUAUUAUGAAUGAUACUUGCAUUAUUGAAGCUGAUGUUGCUGUGCGGAAAGUGAUCGACUAUUGGACAUAUGACUCAAAGAAAGAGACGGGUUAUGUUGGUCUUAAGAAUCAAGGAGCAACAUGUUACAUGAACUCUCUUCUCCAAACCCUCUAUCACAUGCCUUACUUUAGAAAAGCUGUCUACCAUAUGCCAACAACAGAAAAUGAUAUACCCUCAGGGAGUAUUCCCUUGGCUCUUCAGAGCUUAUUCUAUAAACUCCAAUACAAUGAAACCAGUGUUGCGACAAAAGAACUGACAAAAUCUUUUGGAUGGGACACAUAUGAUUCUUUCAUGCAGCAUGAUGUCCAAGAACUUAAUAGGGUCUUGUGUGAGAAACUUGAAGACAAGAUGAAGGGAACAGUUGUGGAAGGGACAAUACAGAAGUUAUUUGAAGGACACAAUAUGAAUUACAUUGAAUGCAUCAAUGUGGACUUCAAAUCGACAAGAAAAGAAUCAUAUUAUGAUCUUCAACUUGAUGUGAAAGGCUGCCGGGACGUUUAUGAAUCUUUUGACAAAUAUGUUGAAGUGGAACGUCUUGAGGGUGACAAUAAAUACCAUGCUGAAGCACACGGUUUACAGGAGGCUAAGAAGGGUGUCCUGUUUAUUGAUUUCCCACCUGUUCUUCAACUUCAGCUAAAGCGGUUUGAGUAUGAUUUCACAAGGGAUACUAUGGUAAAGAUAAAUGAUCGUUACGAAUUCCCACUGGAGCUCGACCUUGACAGGGAGAAUGGCAAAUACCUAUCACCUGAUGCUGAUAAGAGUGUCCGGAAUCUUUAUACCCUGCAUAGUGUAUUGGUUCAUAGUGGUGGUGUGCAUGGUGGACACUACUAUGCAUUUAUCAGGCCAACGCUUUCAGAUAAAUGGUUCAAGUUUGAUGAUGAAAGAGUAUCAAAAGAAGAUGUGAAGAGGGCCCUAGAAGAGCAGUAUGGUGGUGAGGAAGAGCUACCCCAGACAAAUCCUGGCUUCAAUAAUGCUCCGUUUAAAUUUACAAAAUACUCGAAUGCAUACAUGCUCGUUUACAUACGUGAAAGCGACAAAGAGAAGAUAAUCUGUGAUGUAGAUGAGAAAGACAUUGCUGAACAUCUUAGGAUAAGGUUGAAAAAAGAACAAGAAGAGAAGGAAGACAAGAGAAGAUAUAAAGCACAGGCUCAUCUGUACACUAUUAUCAAGGUUGCCCGUGAUGCAGACCUGUUAGAACAGAUAGGGAAGGAUAUAUUUUUUGAUCUUGUUGACCAUGACAAAGUCCGAAGUUUUCGUAUACAGAAGCAAAUGACAUUUAACCUUUUCAAGGAGGAGGUUGCCAAAGAGUUUGGUAUACCUGUUCAAUUUCAACGGUUCUGGAUAUGGGCAAAGAGACAGAACCACACAUACCGUCCCAAUCGCCCUUUAACAGCACAGGAGGAGACACAAUCGGUUGGGCAAUUGAGGGAGGUUUCCAAUAAGAAUCACAAUGCUGAACUAAAAUUGUUCCUGGAGAUAGAGACUGGACCGGAUUUGCUGCAUCCUCUUCCACCACCUGAGAAAAGCAAGGAUGAUAUACUUCUUUUCUUCAAGCUUUAUGAUCCCGUGAAGGAAGAACUCCGAUAUGUUGGUAGGUUUUUUGUCAAGAGUUCUGGUAAACCAACUGAAAUUACAUCAAAAUUAAAUGAGAGGGCUGGAUUUAGUCCAGAUGAAGAAAUCGAACUGUAUGAGGAGAUAAAAUUUGAGCCAUGUGUGAUGUGUGAACGUCUUGACAAGAGAAGCUCAUUUAGAUCUAGCCAGAUCGAGGACGGAGAUAUUAUUUGCUUUCAGAAAGUAUCUGAGGCUGGGGCUGGGGAUAAAUACCGAUAUCCAGACGUUCCUUCAUUUCUGGAAUAUGUGAAAAAUCGUCAGAUGGUUCAUUUUCGAUCUCUGGAUAGACCCAAGGAGGAUGAUUUCUGUCUUGAACUGUCAAAGCUGCAUACAUAUGAUGAUGUGACGGAGAGAGUUGCCAGGCAGCUUGGUCUGGAUGAUCCAACGAAAAUCAGGCUGACUCCUCACAACUGUUAUUCUCAACAACCAAAGCCCCACCCCAUCAAGUUUCGGGUUGCAGAACAUUUGCUAGACAUGCUUGUUCACUACAAUCAGGUUUCUGAUAUUCUGUAUUACGAGGUGUUAGACAUCCCUCUCCCGGAAUUGCAGUGUCUGAAAACUCUGAAAGUUGCAUUUCACCAUGCAACCAAGGAAGAGCCUGUGAUUCACAAUAUUAGGCUGCCUAAGCAGAGCACUGUUGGAGAUGUUCUCAAUGAGAUUAAGACAAAGGUUGAAUUAUCUCAUCCGGAUGCUGAACUGAGAUUGCUUGAAGUAUUUUACCACAAGAUUUACAAGAUCUUUCCGCUGACUGAGAAAAUUGAGAAUAUAAAUGAUCAAUACUGGACCUUACGUGCAGAGGAAAUUCCAGAAGAAGAGAAGAAUCUGGGACCUCAGGAUCGGUUGAUUCAUGUUUACCAUUUCACCAAAGAGGCUGCACAGAACCAGAUGCAAGUGCAAAACUUUGGAGAGCCUUUCUUUCUAAUAAUUCAUGAAAAUGAAACUUUAGAAGCUGUUAAAGUCCGCAUUCAGCACAAGUUAGAGGUUCCGGAUGAGGAAUUUGCCAAGUGGAAAUUUGCAUUUCUAUCUCUGGGACGUCCAGAGUAUCUACAAGAUUCAGAUAUUGUAUCUAGUCGUUUUCAGAGAAGAGAUUAUGGUGCUUGGGAGCAGUACCUUGGGUUAGAACACUCUGACACCACCCCUAAAAGGUCCUUUACAGCAAAUCAGAAUCGUCAUACAUUUGAGAAACCAGUGAAGAUAUACAACUAAGAACAUGCCAAAAAAUGUAAAGCAAUUGAAAAUGGGCACUGGGCAGCUGCUUGCUUUCCUUUCCUUUCCUUUCUGUCUGUUUUUGGUUUUGUAUUGUAGGUUGCUGCUAUGCUAAUGCUAUUCUUUUUGGACCCCCUUUAAAUGUGUUCCCCAGCCUCCCUCCCCUGGUGGUGGCUGGUGGUUUCUCUUGUCUUGUCUUGUCUUGUUGAGAUAUGUCAUGUGUAAUUUAGUAACUAGUAAGUACAUAGGAAGAUUUUGUUGAAUGAGCAAGAGCGAUUGAGUGUAUAAGCAAGCUGCCUCCCUGCCUUAAAUAGCCUUUUUUCUUUUUUGUAUGUUGGAUGUAAAAUGGUUGCUGAUAUGCUACAUGAAUUUUGUAAAAAGUUACAAUUCUACUCA